AUGGGACGAAAGCUCCGACACGUGCUGAUUUUCCUUCUCAUCAUCCUGAAGGAGCCCAACACGCCAGAAGCUGACUGCCGUUGCGCACCAUCAUCAGACUGUAGGUGCACUGGCAUGGGCCUCAUCAGCAUCCCGCAGAACCUCCCAACAUCCAUAUCCGGCUUGGAUUUAACAUUCAAUCUUAUUACGACUGUAAACCGGUCCCUGCUGCUGAGGUAUGGGGGUUUGACAAAGUUGUCACUUUACAAUAACAAGAUAACAAUAGAAAUAGCCAGUGGUGAUGACCACCAGUAUGAAGAUAUUGACAACCAUCGUGCUAAGACAGGACAGGGGCAGUCUCAGGCUAACAAGCAAUCUCCGACAAUCGCAAAGCUGUCACGUAACAAAGUGCUUGCUGUCUUAAAGCCAAAUCCUACAUAUACAGAUGUGAAAACACCACCAAAGGACCCAACAUCUGAAUCCACCGCAAAAAUCACAGCGACUGUAAUGGCCAGUUGUGAUGACCAUCACUAUGAAGAUGUGGACAACCAUCGUGUUAAGACACAGGGUCGGUCUCAGGCCAUUGCUACACCCAAAACAAAAACCAAAGCUAGUGUAUUGACCAGUGGUGAUGACCACCAGUAUGAAGAUAUUGACAACCAUCGUGUUAAGACAGGACAGGGUCAGUCUCAGGCUAACUCUCAACCUCCGACAAUCGCAAAGCUGUUACGUAACAAAGUGCUUGCUGUCUUAAAGCCAAAUCCUACAUAUACAGAUGUGAAAACACCACCAAAGGACCCAACAUCUGAAUCCACCGCAAAAAUCACAGCGACUGUAAUGGCCAGUGGUGAUGACCACCACUAUGAAGAUGUUGACGACAACCAUCGUUCUAAGCAGGGUCGGUCUCAGGCAAAAUUUGGUAAAUCCAACACAAAAAACACAGCUAGUGUAAUGACCAGUGGCGAUGAUCACCACUAUGAAGAUGUAGACAACCAUCGUGUUAAGACAGGGCAGAGUCAAUCUCAGGCCAUUGCUAAAUCCAACACAAAAACCACCGCUGUUGUAAUGACCAGAAGUGAUGUUGAGGCAGGGCAGGGUCAGUGUCAGGCCAUCACUGAAUCCCUAGCUGCUAAAAAUCUUUCUUAUGGCACUGGACCGACUGCCUCGCGGCUAAGUCCUGUGUACACGACAGCAACUCAUGACCAGUAGUAAUGUUCAGACAGGGCGGGGUCAGUCUCAAACCAUUUCUAAAUCCACCACACUGUGACCAUAGCCAUAGGAUACCACAGCUACUGUGGUCAUGAUCAAACAGGGCAGGGUCAGUCUCAGGCCAUCACUGAAUCUUUGGAUCCUUGUAAGGGGCACAGCAGGGCCGGCUGUC